UAAGCUAUCAGUAUACCAUCAAGAAUGACAGACCUCUCAGACCUUCUUGAUCAAAUUCAGGGUCACAAGAACCUAUAUAACCCAAAAGGCAACAAUCCCAGACGAUGCUCAAAUCUUCACAGAACAUAUACAGAUACAAAGCACACCAGAUCUGCCCACCUAUAGCCUCCCCACUGGCCUCUGCAGUGCACAGUACAUUUAAGUCAGUUAAACAACAUUAAUGGCAACUUCUUGUGAUGUGGCCACUUCUUAAUCCAACAAAUUAUUAACGCAUUUUCCAUCACCUUAUUCAAAUGUAAAAACACACCCUAACAAAAAAAUAGAAGCUAUAUUUGGUCCUAACUCGCGAUAGAACACCACUGAGGAUCCACUGGCGAUGGAGGCUGAGGCACACUGUUUUACUUACUUUAUGUGAUGACCUGUACAGAAGGCCUACCAUUUUGCAGUUUAUCUCUAGGGCUUCCAAAAUUUCUUCCCAUAUCCCUUUACAGGUCAAGAAUCACUUUUGAAAAAUUAGUAAAAUAGUCCUGGAAAGCCUAACAUUCCCAUCACCCAUGCCACCUAUGUCUGUUCUGAAAAGCUUCAAAGAUUUUUAUGAUUUAAGACUGCAGUCAACAUUUUGAAAAGAUAUUGAAUGAAUGGUACAAUAAGAAAAAAGUUGUCAACAAAUAAAAAAACUCUCAUUUUAGUUUUAUUUGCGUUAAGCUGUCUCCAACAGGACUGAUUCCAACCUGACGGUCGAGCAUAGUGUGAACGUAUUGCCGUCAACUGUUGAGUCUGCAAAGAGGAUUCCUGGCUAUCAAGUUGUCUGUAAUCCUGGAAACAUCACAAAAGACUCUUCAGAAUUCACCUGCGUCUGGACAGGUCUGAAUCAGACUACAGCUCAUUUACCAUCCAUGUCUGGUCCUCUGUAUCUGGGAACUACAGAAGUGAAGAAUGAGACCCACAUUAUUAGGGAAAGCUUUUCAUUCACAAUCGAAGCUACUGCAAGAAGUCCUACCAGCAUUUUUGUGUACUGGACCAGUCUGACAUCAACUUCCAUGACAGUCUUUGGUUAUGAAAUCCAGUAUAUGAGAGUAGGGGACAAUAGUUCUGUUGUGAUAAGAACAAAUAACACGCAACAUUUGCUUCAAGAUCUCCUACCGAGCACCACCUACAGCAUCAGUGUUACGCCCUUAUACAACAACGCUAGAGGAAUCCCAGGAUCUUUAACCAUUACUACUCCAAACAUUACUUCCAGCUAUUUCAUUAAUAUAUUUGUGCAUAACAAGACAGCAACAUCUGCAGAAUUAAGCUGGCAAGUGCCUGCGCAAAUUGCAUCAAACAUCAUGAUGUAUCGAUUGUGCUAUGGUCUUCUGAACAGUUCAGCCCUCAUCAGAAAUAUGACCCUGGCGUCUUCAGUGCUCAGUUAUCACUUGACAGGCUUGAAAAACAGCACCGUGUACUUCGCACUCAUUUCCGCAGUAUUGAGCCCCUCACUGGGUGAGAUGAGCUCCAUUGUCUACUUUCUCACAGGAGAGUCAUCCCUAUUGGUCAGUGCUAUGACCAGCAGUCCAACCAGUGCUCAUGUGAACUGGACCCGUCCAAGUUUGCAAAUGGUCUCCAGUUAUGAAGUCCAAUACAUCAGAGUGGAGGAUAAUGUUGGCAACAUCUCCAUUACCAGCAACACGUCGAUCCUGCUUAGAGAUCUUCUCCCCAAUUCCACAUAUUGUAUCACUGUAACCCCGCUAAUCAAUGGCACCAGAGGAAAUCCAGGAUUCACAGCGAUCAGCAUGCCACAUGAAGUUAGUGCUAAGGCAACCCCAUCACCACUGCAUUUGACGGUGUCAGAAAUUGGACAAGGAGUGGGCUUGUUUUUAGUGACCUGGCAGCCUCCUGAAGUACCCGUUGGGACCAUCUUGCACUACAAUGUGUCUGUACAGGCCAAUGGCUCUUCAACUGCUUGGUACUACACGGACAAUCCCUAUCUCUACCUUCAAGAUUUCCUACCGAACACUGUUUACAACAUCAGCGUCACAGCCGUCGGAGAGAAUGGCGAGAGUCUCCAAAGCGACACAGCUAUGGUCCAACUUCAACCUGCAAUUGCGUCCAGUUCUGUCUCCAGUUUUAAACCCCAGCUCCUGAGCACUGAAGAGCUGUCCAUACGAUCAUCCAGCAUACUGCUCAAACUGCCUGAAUGUGGGGUGUUUGAGAAGGCGGCCAGGCAGCUACCGAGUCUUAGUGGCCAGAACUUGUCAGUGUCCUUGGUGGUGGCAGAAAGCAAAGCAGUUAACGAAGACUUCAAACUGGCAUCCUCUACUCUGACUAAUUUAACUUACAAGGACACAAAUAUUGGCAGCACUGGGCCUUAUGUGUCCAUCCAUUAUCUCUCGGCGUAUGACUGCUACAGCGUGACAACCAACAGCCGGAUCAUUCAGAGGGACACUGAAAGCCUUUGUGGUCCUUCUACUGGAGGGUGUGAGGAGAAAUUCAUUAGGGCCAGAAGAAGCAGUACUUUCAGUAUAAGACCUGUAAUUGUGGGGGCCACUGAAUACUGCAACUCAUCAAUUCAAGUGUGCAAUGGACCUCUUCGAUCAAAUACAGGCUACAGGACAAAAUAUAUACUAGUAGACGGAUCUGGAAAUGAGGUGAUGAGUAGCUAUUGGUCUGACACCUUCAAAACAAAGUCUGGACCAAUCCCAUAUGAAGCCAUUGAGCUCCGGGACAGAGCUACCACAGCCGGAGUGGUCAUUCUUGCUGUCCUCCUUCUGUUCCUCUUUCUGCUGCUGCUGCUGCUGUGCUUUCUUUGCCUGGGGGGUAGCAAACGCAGAAACAGGAAGAUGUACAAGCAAGCCACACCAUAUGAUACACAUCACACCAAAGACAUAGUGAUGAAGAACAGCAUGGCUUCUGAGCAUGACGUCCGGGAGCCAAAGAUUCUUGAACAGAUGAACGGACCAUUUGUAAUUCAGAGCCGAGAGCAGUAUGUAUUUUCGGGCUGGGGAGCUUCCAGCUCUGAUUUCUCAGAAAAGCAACAAGAAUCCCAUACAAGGUGA